AUGGGGUGCUAUAUUUCAAAAAAUUCAAGUGGUGAAAAAAAAGCGAAAAUUUCCAAAUUUUCCAAAUUUUCAAAGUUUUCAAAAAUUUCAAAGUUUUCUGAAUUUUCCAAAAUUCCCGUUACGCAUAAUAACAAUCUGGCUGAUUCAAUAAAAAUAUCUGAGAAGGUUGAUGUUAUUACAAAAGAAAACGCAGAAAUGGAUAAAGUUAGUAAAUUAAGCAACCUAAGUAAUGAAUCGACGACGACUACUAUAGGACGUACGGAUGAAGAUGAUAUGGAAUUAUAUCCAUUACCUGAAAAAGAUUAUGGUGGUGACAGAUUGGCUUUACAACAUCAUCUAUUUAAAUAUAUAUGGCGAAGCAACUUUUCUGCACCCGUUGUUGAGAAAUUGAAUGCCGGUGCUAAAGUCUUGGAUUUUGGCUGUGGAACUGUCAGUUGGCUCUUAGAUUUAUCAUCACAAUAUCCAAAAUCAACCUUUUACGGUGUUGACCAACCAUAUUUACUUCGUCUUAGCACGCCGACGAUACCGUCAAACGUUAGCGUUCAAUAUUAUGAUAUUUUAUCGGGGUUACCAUUUGAUGAUGGAACUUUUGAUUUUAUAUAUAUGCGUUUCAUGGCUGGAGAAAUACCCGAGAAACAAACAGAAAGGAUAAUAAACGAGUUUUUGAGAGUUUUAAAAGUAGGAGGUUAUUUGGAGAUUAUGGAUGUUGAAACUCAAGGCAGAAAUGAGGGACCAAUAACGCAGAGAUUUGUAUCUUCAGCAAUUGAAAGAAAUCCUCUAAUGAUAUCAAAAAUUAAACCAUUACUUUAUUCUAAUUCACGACUAACAUCCAUCAGCAUCGAAGAAGAAUAUUGUCCGAUCGGUAAUUGGUAUGGCAACAUUGGUGAAAUCGCAUUAAUAAAUUGGACAACAUUGUUGAAUCAGAUGAGAUUUUAUUUAAUGCCUUUUUUGGGUGUUAGCGAGCAUAAAUACAGGGAAAUGAUUAGUGAAUUUGCAGCGGAAGUUGAUGUCUUUCAGACAUAUUGGAAAAAACCAAUAAUGUCAGCGUUUGUUUCUUGGUAUAAAUACCAUUUGUUACGUAGACCUAUUCUCAUUCAAGCUAUUACAACUGGAAUUUUAUUUAGCACUGGCGAUAUUAUAGCACAAGGAUUUAUAGAACAAAGAGGACACAAGGAAUACGAUUUUUCAAGGACUCUGAGACUUGCCGGUUUUGGUACAUUAAUUGCUGGACCAGCAGGUGCAACAUGGUAUAGAAUUCUUGAUAAAUAUGUUGAUCUUAAAAAACCAUUUCUUGACCAAUCAAUUUAUGCUCCAAGCUUCAUUGCAACAUUUUUAUUUGUUCAAAGCGUAUUAGAAAAACAGAAUAAAGAACAAAUCUUCAAGAAAUUUAAAAAA